GACACUCUAAUCAGCUGAGCUACCCAGCCAGGGCUCUUUGCUUUUUAUAGUUUUUCUGUCUUCUGUUGUCCUGUGUGCUAUCAUGUCCUAUCACAGUCCUUUCUACUUCUGGCAGCUUUUGUGAUUUGCUGCCUCUGAUCUGCGGAGAAACUGGGUAGUCAGGUUUGUUAGAACUGUGUUUUUGAAAACGUUCUAGGUGAGGACAUCAAUCUCUUUCUUUUCUCUAGUGCCUUGCUGCUCAAAGAGGGGUCUGAAGACCAGCAGGAUCAGCUCACCUUGUUAGAAAUGCAGAAUCUUGGGCCUCACUCCAAAACUGCUGUAUCAGAAUCAGCGUUUUAACAAGAUUCUCAGGAUAUCCAGCGAUCUUGGAAGAGUCUGUGUCAUGGAAUCGAUCUCUGUGAUGGGAAGCCCUAAGAGCCUUAGUGAAACGUUUUUGCCUAAUGGCAUAAAUGGUAUCAAAGAUGCAAGGAAGGUCACUGUAGGUGUAAUUGGAAGUGGGGAUUUUGCAAAAUCCCUGACCAUUCGACUUAUUAGAUGUGGCUAUCAUGUGGUCAUAGGAAGUAGAAAUCCCAAAGUUGCUUCUGAAUUUUUUCCUCAUGUGGUAGAUGUCACUCAUCAUGAAGAUGCGCUAACGAAAACAAAUAUAAUAUUUGUUGCUCUACAUAGAGAACAUUACACCUCCCUGUGGGACCUGAGACAUCUGCUCGUGGGUAAAAUCCUGAUUGAUGUGAGCAAUAACAUGAAAGUAAACCAAUAUCCAGAAUCCAAUGCUGAAUAUCUGGCUUCCUUGUUCCCGGAUUCACUGGUUGUCAAAGGAUUCAAUGUUAUCUCAGCUUGGGCACUUCAGUUAGGACCUAAGGAUGCCAGCCGGCAGGUUUAUAUUUGCAGCAACAACAUUCAAGCUCGACAGCAGGUUGUCGAACUUGCCCGGCAGUUGAAUUUUAUUCCCGUUGACUUGGGAUCGUUGUCAUCCGCCAGAGAGAUUGAGAAUUUACCCCUGCGACUGUUUACCCUCUGGAGAGGGCCAGUGGUGGUCGCCAUAAGCCUGGCCACGUUUUUCUUUCUUUAUUCCUUUGUCAGAGAUGUGAUACAUCCAUAUGCUAAAAACCAGCAGAGUGACUUUUACAAGAUUCCUAUUGAGAUUGUGAAUAAAACCUUGCCCAUAGUUGCCAUUACUUUGCUGUCCCUGGUAUACCUAGCAGGGCUCCUGGCAGCUGCCUAUCAACUUUAUUACGGCACCAAGUACAGGAGAUUUCCACCUUGGCUGGAGACCUGGUUGCAGUGUAGAAAACAGCUUGGAUUACUAAGUUUUUUCUUCACUUCGGUCCAUGUUGCCUACAGCCUCUGUUUACCGAUGAGAAGGUCAGAGAGAUACUUGUUUCUCAACAUGGCUUAUCAGCAGGUUCAUGCAAACAUUGAAAACUCUUGGAAUGAGGAAGAAGUUUGGAGAAUUGAAAUGUAUAUCUCCUUUGGCAUAAUGAGCCUGGGCUUACUGUCCCUCCUGGCAGUCACCUCCAUCCCUUCAGUGAGCAAUGCUUUAAACUGGAGGGAAUUCAGUUUUAUUCAGUCUACACUCGGCUACGUGGCUCUGCUCAUAAGCACUUUCCAUGUUUUAAUUUAUGGAUGGAAACGAGCUUUCGAAGAAGAGUACUACAGGUUUUAUACACCACCAAACUUCGUUCUUGCUCUCGUUUUGCCCUCAAUUGUAAUUCUGGGUAAGAGCAUUUUACUUCUUCCAUGUAUAAGCCAAAAGCUAAAGAGAAUUAAAAAAGGCUGGGAAAAGAGCCAAUUUCUAGAAGAAGGUCUUGGAGGCGCAGUGCCUCAUUUCUCACCAGAGAGGGUCACAGUGAUGUGAUGAUAAAUGGUGCUCGCUGAUGCCAUAAAGAGGCCCUGCCCAUGCCAUCCUUUUUAUGACUUCCCGUGUGUUCAGUUCCCAGUGCGCUGUCCAUUUCUGUGUGCUGAAACUUGUUCAGUGUGGUCUCAGCUAAAUAGUGGUAGAAUUUUCUUCAAAUUCAUUUUCACAAAUGUCAUUUUUUGCCAAUAUGGAUAUUUGUAGUUAACUUAUUGUUGAAAUUUAGAUAUGUUUUUUGUUUUGCACAACUGUGACAUUACUGUUAUUUUAACAAACUCUAUUCUUAAUCAGGCCAAAAUGUUUAUAGUUAAUAAUAUAGAUACAAUAUAAUGUUAAAAACACUUUGCAAACCAGCAGAAUUUUAGGUUUUAAUAUAAUUCAAUAGAUAAGUUUUUUUCUGAAGCUCAAGUAAGGUUUUAAUCAUUAUCCAGUGUAAGAAAUAGAAAUGCAUAAUCAUAUAUUUUUUUUAAGAAAGGAUGCAUUAUAUUAGCAUCUAGGAAAGGGUGCAUGGCUAUAUUCCUAUAUUUCUCUCAUAAGACAGGAUUUGAAGAAUAUCAUUAAUUUUGUGAAUCAGUGUGAUUAUGUGAACAAACACAAACUGAAAAGACAAAUUGAACCUGAAGUGAUAUUUAAAAUGCAUUGGAGACAUGAAAGAUAUUCUGAUAAUGCGUACCUCAUGAAAGAUUUUCUUUAUCUUGUUACAAAGCAGUUCCCUUUGAAUAUUAAUAUGUUGUCCAGGAGAAGACAGCCAUACUUGGCCUCCAUAACUGAUUUUGCUAAUAUAGUACCAAUCCUGGAAAUCGUAUAAUUGUUUCUAGUUAGAGGGAAAGUAGUAGGUUUACACACAGGUAGUUGUUUGUCAACUGAUCUCUGUUGUUGCACCUUAGCCAGUCACCACUCUCUAUGGUAUAGGAUUUUACAAUUCAUUGAGGGAUUAUAAAAUGCCACCUGUUGUUCUAAGCACUUUACUUGUAUUAUCCCAUUUUAUGCUUAAAACAAUCCCAUGACAGAGGUAGUUAUCAUCUUCAUUUUACAUAUGAGAAAACUGAAGGAUAGAAAAGUUAAGUCACUUGCCCAAGGUCAUGCAGAGCCAGCAUUCAAGCCCCGGCAGUCUGUUCCAGAGGCUGAUUCUAACCUCCAGGCUGUGUGGCCCCUACUCCAUCUCCAUGCAUUACAUUAUGUUGCCAAGGCAUUGAUAUUCUUGAGAGGGAGUUGUGGUUAUCAAAUUGUGGGACAAUGCACAGUUACUUGCCUUGGGGGAAGAUCUUGCCUGAGCCAUGACCCUGGAGACCCAUGGCAGUCCUUAUGCCUCCCAAUAAGCGUGAGGGACUCCAGCAGAGAUAGGACAAGGGCAGUUUUAAUAAAUGUCUGACGUCCUACAGAAUCUUAAAAAGUCCCUGUAGGUUGGUCAUCUCCUUUUCUCUUCUUGGGAAGUCCUACUGCCUGCUCAGCCAUUCAUUAGGGAGCAGUUUGCAAGCAUGAAGGAGAUUAGGGUAAGUGGUUAAUUAAAAAUCUGCUCUAGAGACAUAUAAUCAUACAAAUUAUUCAUAAAAUUUUUCAGUGCUGACAUGCCACAUUAAAAUUGCAUUUUAUUCACACUUGGGUUAGAACACCCUACAUUUUCACCCGUAUGUUCUUUCCUAUUAAAAUAAAAAAUUGCAGAUGAAAUACAUUCCUCUGAAAUUAUAACAUUUGUAAACUCACUCUCUGAGUCUGAGGGACUACUGAAUCCAGCUGACAGAAAUAAAAGGAUGUUUACUUAGUGGAGGCUACCUUUUCCACCAAUGGCUCUUUCCCUACUAUGCAUUGUGUCAGUUUGGUAAAUCACUCAUGAUUCUCUAAUGUUCUCUCCUUGGUGAAUUUUAAUAUCUUUUACUUUUUAAUUGAGCUCUCUAUUUUCUUUAUUUUAAUUAUAAUCUUCCCCUCUUGAUAAUCACUUACUUGUUAGUUCUUAGUAGCGAUUUGACUGGGUGAUAACUUUUAAAGGUAAAUACCUAUAAACUGUUUAGUGGACUAGUGAAAUCAACAGCAUAUUUUCAAUAUUUUCUUGUUCCUUAAAUUUCACUGCCUGAAGAUCUUAUGUUCACCAUUUAAUGUGAAAAUACAAUGAAAUAUUUUUAAAAUUAGAUUACUAUUGAAGCAUAUUGUUGCAUAUGUAUAUUAAGUAGCCAAUAAUAGAAAUAAAAUCACUUUGGGAGAUAAAUGGGGACUUUGAAAAUAUGAAAAAAUGAAAUUUAUGAGAAUAUAUGUAAGAUGUAACUUGUUUCAAAUGGUAUCUCCUUUUCUCCUUUACAAAGAUGAAAUUAAUUUUGAAGUGUUAGAAUAAAUGUAAUAAAUUCAUAAUUCUCAAUAUUUAAAAGCCUUUCAAAAGUGCAAAAAUAUUGACUUAAUUGCUUUAUUUGACUUUUAAUUGCUUUACUAUUUCCUACCUGAUUAUUUUUCUUCAUCACUACUUUUCAUAAUCGUUUUCAUAAAAAAUCAUUAGUCUGGCCUCAGAAGUAGGACUGAAUUCUGUUCUUACUAAAUGUGAAAAAGUGGUGGGUACUUUAAAGUAAUGGAAAUUUGUUUUCUAAUCUAUACUUUGAGAAGUGCCCCUGAGAAAAUUGUAAGAAUGUAGAAAAUAUAUCCAGUCUUAAACCUAUGCAAAAAAAAAUCAAGUAAUUUUUUUCCUAAGAAUAAAAUAAUCCUGGACUGAUGAUGCUACUUAGCUUUGUUGUGCAGAUGUCAUAUGUCUCCUCUAUUAAUAAUUUUUAAAAUUAUGUUUAAAUAUGAAUAUAUUCAUGCUAACAUAUUUUUCAUAGCAUUUAUGGAAAUUUAGCUGAGAUUGCCUACAUGUAGAGAUUUUUAUUUAAAUUUUAAAAUAUUUUAAAGUAUGAAUAAAUUAUAUUUAUAGCUAUUUAUCAGAGAUGAUUAUUUUGUGCAAUGUAUGGGAUUGGCUAACGAGCUUUAGUGUUAAAACUACCAGAUUAUUUUCUAAUAAAUUGGCAUUAUUGAUUAAGGAAUUUGAUUAAGGAAUUUCUUGACUUGAUUAAGGAAUUUCUUUCAAAGUUAAUUUGAUAAUAGUAACAUAAGGUAUAUUCAUACAGUCAGAUUAUGAAAAUUAUUUGAAUAAAAGGGCUUCAAGAAUAUAUCACAUCCAGUGUUUGUAUUGUUUAUCUCCUAUGAAAUAUGAUAAAACUUUAAUUCUUUUAAAUUACCUUUUGCCAUUAAACUAUUUCAUAAUAAAUUCUGUACAGAGAGGACCCCCCCAAAAGAGGUUUAUUUGUGAAAUUUAAGGUUUUUUAUGUGCUAUUUUAAAUAAAGUACCAUAAAUGUAAUUCAUAGGUAUUUCUUUAGGAAUACUGUAAACACUGAACCUGUGUCAGUCUAUAAAAUCUGUUUUGAAAUAAGUGUUUAAACAGUUGAAAAUGUCAUGUUCAAAUUAUUUUGUAAAUUCAUGACUUGAAGCAGUGCUACUCAUAGUGUAACACACCUUGGUCCAGUGUUAAGAUUAUUAUUUGUGAUGUGUCAUCAUGAAAAGGAGAUGUUCCACCUUCAAUUCUUCAUAAGUCAGUGAAACAAAUUCUGGUAUAUAUUCACUAUAUGUAAUUGCUCUAAAUGGAAAUGUAAUAAUUUUAGUGAAAACACAUUCUGUAGUGAAUUUUACAGGAAUGAAAUGGUUCUUCAGUUUUUUUAAUAUGAAAAAUUAUGAAGUGCAAAUAUUCAGAGAUUCUGCCCAUAUGAUACCAAAACAACGUUUAAUUCAGCCUAACACAUGUGCAUACUGAGAUCUUUCACUUUCCAAAUCAUUGGAUUUUCAUUCAUGCAGCCAUUCAAAAUUAGGGCCAACUGUAUGGAUACUCCCAGUGACUGGACCGGCUAAGUUAAAUCACCAAAGCAGGGGCUUUUGUAUGAUUUCCAAGAUGCCAACUUCUAGGAAAUAUUCUAAGAUUUUCUUUAAAGGUUUUACAUAGUUUUUCAGAUCCCCAUCCUGAAUAGGGACUGAAAGUUGUCUCUCAGUGUCUAGUUACUCUACUUCUUUACAAUCUGCUGACCAUCAAAUUCCUCAGCCGCCCUUGCAGUCAGGUGGCCCCAUGUGACUGAGUGUUGUCCAGUGACAUGCAGGGGGAAUGUAUGAGUGACUUGCAGGAAAGGAAGUCUCUUCAAAGGAAAGCAGCACGAGUUUUUUACCUUUAUUGCUCCAUCUUGCUGCUGGAACUAUGGAAAUAACAGGAGCCUUGACCUAUCCAAGAGGACCAAGGCCACACCCUAAGGAAGGCAUGUUAGUGACUAAAGAGAUCUUGACUGUUUCACUACUUGGACUGCCUUUUCCUGUAUUUAAGCCAUUGUAAAUUUGGGUUUCUUUACAUGAAGUCAGAAUCAAUCCAUUCUGGCCUUCAGUUUUUCGUCAUGAUACCGUUUAACACUGUUUGAAUAAACUAGAAUGCAAUAAUUCUUACCUUUAAAAGUUUUUAAAGGAUAAUCUGCAAUUCACAUUAGAAUUGGUUUUUCAUUGUUAAUUAAAUAGACUCAUCUUCUUGCCUUGAUCUUUGAUUAGAUAUUUUGUAUCUGCUAAUAAAAGUCUUCUUUAUAACUGUGUAAUAGAUAUUUGCUAAAACUCUGUAAUCACCAAAUGAUUGCUAUCAAGUUACAUGCCAUGUUUUUAUAUCAUUCUCAUAGAUCUGCCUUAUAAACAUCUAAAUAAAAAGCACUAUGUAUGAUA